AUGUCCCUCUUCCACGUCUUUGCUGGCCCUUUACUGUUUGCUGCGCUGUUGGCAUCGGCGCUGUCAGCAUCAGUGCCACCAUUACUGCCAGCCCAACAGGGUCGUACUCUUUCAAAGGCAGAAGUUGCUGCUCCUAUUCCUCCCAAGCAGGACCCAUUCUACACGGCUCCUCCAGGAUUUGAAGCAGCGUCUCCGGGACAGAUUCUUCGUAUUCGACCUGCACCAGGGAACUUUAAUAGCAUUAUCGCCAACUGUUCCGCCGCGUACAACAUUCUCUAUCGUACUACAGACAGCCAAUAUCAGCCAACAUGGGCUGUAACCACCCUAUUCGUGCCGACAUCGAGCUCGAACACCAACAUGACCCUCGGGCCUGGGCCGGGACAAGGCCUGCUCUCAUACCAGGUCGCUUAUGACUCGGCGGAUCUCAAUGCCAGUCCGUCGUUUACUUUGUAUUCUGACGCCGACUCAGCCAUAGAUAUUGGCAUUUCUCUUGGCCAGGGUUGGUUCGUCAACGUGCCAGACUACGGGGGCCCUCUUGCAUCCUUCACCGCAGGCGUUAUAUCUGACCAUGCUACCCUCGACUCCGUGCGUGCCACACGCAAAGCAUCCUUUGGACUUCGUCCCAACGCUCCCAAUGCAAUGUGGGGAUAUUCCGGUGGCGCCUUAGCCAGUGAAUGGGCUGCUGAGCUGGCAAUACAGUACGCUCCUGAGUUGCGCUUUGCUGGAGCGGCCCUUGGUGGACUUACACCGAAUGUGACAUCUGUCUUGAUCUCGACUGAGGGGACCAAUAAAGCCGCACUCUCGGUUGCCGGGAUUAUAGGACUAUCGACGCAGUUCCCAGCCUUUGGAGAACUUGUUGAAGAUAGUCUUAAAACAAGUGGCAAAUUCAAUAAGACGGGGUUCUUUGCAUCUCAGAAUUUCACUCUCACCCAGGCGAUUCAAGCGUUUGGCGUUGCCAACGUUUCCAGCUUUUUUGAAAACGGCUUUAAUUUCCUCUUCUCACCGGUAACGCAAGAUGCAAUAAAUCGUGAUGGAAUAAUGGUCUAUCACGGUGUACCGCAGAUGCCACUUCACGUUUAUAAGGCAAUCCAGAAUGAAAUCAGUCCUAUUCGCGAUACUGAUGCACUCGUUGAGAAAUAUUGCAGCGUCGGUGUUAGUAUUGCCUAUUCAAGAAAUGCUAUUGGUAGCCACCCUGAGGAGUUUAUCAACGGCCGCGCAGCUGCAUUUGCAUUUCUAACCAACGUAAUGAGUGGUAUGUAUAACUCGAAAGGAUGCCAAGUCCAAAACAUCUCAUUUAAAGCAAUGAGAUCCGGAUUCGCGGGAGCAUUGAUUACCGGUUCGAGUGUUGCACCAACCAUGCAGCCUAAGGAGACUGCUGUCUUUACGAGCGACGGGCUAGCCAGUGUGAUUGUAUCUGAAUCUUCACUCUUACUGGUGGCUACUCUAGUAUUUUUGGGAAUAGAGAGACUUAUUAAUUAG